GACGAAAUUCCGAGCGAGCGAAAUGUUCAGUGUGCGUGUGUGUGCCGCGCCGUGUGUAUGUGUGUGUCGACGAGGUAGUGACAGAAGCCUUAACAUUGGACACACACCAUGGCAUCAAAGCAGGGCUACCAGCCGGCCCCCACCACCGUUGUCUCCGCCGCUGGAACAGGUGAAGCGCCGCGCAGACCCGGCCUUGUGAGAAGAGGUAUCCAGUUCGGCAGCAUAGUCCUGGGCGUCCCCUGCGUCGCCUGCCUCGCAGUCUUCGGCGCCGUGUGCCUCCUUCUCCCCGGAGUCAUCUGGCUCUCGAUCCUUGAUGAAGACGAUGACGAUGCUGAGGACGUGGUGCCUGGCAUCGUCUUGGUGGCACUGGGAGCGUUCUUCCUGAUCAUGUCGGGAGUGCUGUGCUGCGUUAUCAAGAGGAAAUACAGAGAAUUUCACGACCAGAAUUUCGGAAGCCCCGGUCGCGUUAUAGCUACCCCCGGCCAGCCACAGCCUCCACAUCCUGCAGCCAUGCAACACCCUCCUGCAGCCAUGCAACCCCCUCCUGCAGCCAUGCACCCUGCUCCUUCCGCCCCCUACCCUACGGCACCCGGCGAAGGGAUGGUGGUGCCGGAUCCUACAGUGCCAGAGGGCCAGAUGUACCCCCAUGUGCCUGUGGAUUACAACGCCGGAGCCCUGCCACCGAAAGGGGGUCUCCCUCCAGAUCAGCCCCCUCCUUAUUCGCCUUAAGGAAGUUGUCAUCUCUCUUCUUCUCUCCUUCCUUCCUUAUUCUCUAACCUUACCAAAAAGGGGAGUUUUAGAUCCCUCUUCUCUUUUUUUUCUGUCCUCUGCCCCACGUUUUUUGGUCGUGAUGUCGUUAUUCCCCCCUUUCUCUUCUCCUCUUCCCCCUUCAUUCCUUUUCUCCUCUUCUCCUUUCUUUCUUUUCUCCUCUUCUCCUUCCUUCGUUCCUCCCAUAUGUCUCCCUGCCUUAGGAUCUCCGAUUUAUUACUUUUAUUUUUUUAUCGUUCCGUCUCUCUUCUCCUUUUUCUUUUUCUCUCUUUAUCUCCCUCAUUACAAUGAGAUUUUUUUUUUCAGUUUUCUUGUGAUUGUAUUCCACAUGAAGACUUUCUGAAUCUGUUUAAGGAAUUGUCUUUUGUUUCUUGAGUGAUACUUAGUAGGUUUACAUAUUUUCUCUUCGUUGCACUUAUUGCAGAUUUUUCUGAAAGGAAGGAAUCCUUCAACUGAAAGGAUUAUAUGUUAUUUUUAUGUUGAAUGUUUCACACAUAUCAUUAGUGUUGUUAAUAUUAUUAUUAUUAUUAUUAUUAUUAUCAUUAUUAUUAUCAAUAUUAUUAUUAUCAUUAUUAUUAUCAUUAUUAUUAUUAUUAUUAUUAUUAUUAUUACUGUUAUUGUUACUAAUUCAGUGAUAUCAGAUUUAUUUUUAUAUUUUUAGAAAAGGAGAAAGAAAUUAAUCAUCAAUGACGUAAUAACACUGCAAUGUCUAAUGUUAUUUAUGAGUCAUAAACGAUGGUGACGUCAUAUAUUUCUAGAUAUAAUCUAUUUUUAUAUCAUUAAACUGAUGUGAAUAGAUAUAUCAUUUUCAUCUAUAUGCUUAUAAGACGAAAAAGUAUGAAACAGUGCAGAAAGGUAGAUUUUUAUUUUGUCUGCUGCUUAUUUUAUUUAUAUAUUUUAACGCGCAGACGACAAAGUGACGUCACUCAAGAAGUAUUGCAGCGCCAUCUACAUUAUGACGUCAUAGAAUGUGAUGAGGUUCCAAUUAGUAUUAUUGCACUAUUUUUUCCCCUCGUCGCAUUCCCUUCUUGAGUAUAUCAUCUUAGAUUCUCAUUGUCCUUAUCAAAUGAAUUUUCACAUUUGCUAUUUACCAGACGCAACACGUAGAUUUCUUUUUUUUAUUUUAGUUUUUUUUAUGGCUUCUCGAAAGGUGCUGUGGAAGACUUAAAUGUACCUUAAAAGUUUGGCUGUUCCAAGGUCAAACGGUUCGUAGAUUAAGCUUACUGUAGAGACGAAAUUAGAGUCAGUUUCCUUUUGUCUCUCAUCUCUGGUGUAUGUGUUAGCCAUGUUUUAAGAGAUAUCUCUCUUAAUUUGUUUUGUACUGAUUUAUACAGUAUAUUAAAUACACUUCGCUAUUUUGA